CACAGUACUCUGGUUGGUCCCGUUGCGACGACAAUCGCUCACGAACUAGCUCACAACCUGGGCCUCGUGCACGACGAUCCAGUGUGCGGAUGUCCCGACAACCGAUGCAUCAUGGCCAACAUUAGUGGUGGCAUCACGAAUCCCACGAAAUGGUCAGUAUGUUCAAAGAACCAGUUUGCAGAGGUCCUGGAACAAGGCAUGGACUACUGCCUGCACAAUCUGCCCGAUAAGUUGGUCGAUGGUCCGGUCUGUGGUAAUGGAUUUAGGGAGGAGGGCGAACAAUGCGAUUGUGGUCUUCCCGAAGACUGUGACAAUCCAUGUUGCAACCCACACAGCUGCACCCUCCUCAACAACGCCACCUGCUCCAUGGGCAAGUGUUGUGACCUUCAAACUUGCAGGUUGAAGCCAUCGGCGACAGUAUGUCGAGCGAGUACGAGCGAUUGUGACGUAGCAGAGUACUGCAGUGGUACUUCAGAGUACUGUCCCGACGAUGUACACGUCCAUGAUGGCAUGCCCUGCCUCACCGCAAGACUCAAGAACCCAUCCUACUGCUACCAUGGCAAGUGCACCAGCCACGAUGAACAGUGCCAGCUGUUGUGGGGCAGGACAGGUCUAAAGUCACACGACGCCUGCUAUGAAAAGAAUGUUCUAGGCACUCAGGAAGGCAACUGCGGAUUGAACUGGGAUAACUUCAAGAAUUAUCUCAAGUGUGAGAAGAAAAACAUUCAAUGUGGCAUGUUGCACUGCGAGCAUAAGCACGAGAAGUUGAUGCUAAUGAAGGAGUCAAUGGCAUUCGACCAAUCAGAUUCUUACAUUACACUGCAAGGAGUGCGAAAGGAGUGCAAGGGGGUGGUCCUUGAUGUGGGGUACAAGGCGAACGGGCCGGGCAUGGUUCCCGAUGGUGCCAAGUGUGCGGAGGAUAUGAUAUGCAUCAACAUGAAAUGUCAGCCUCUCCAUAUCUUAACUCCAUUCAAAUGCCCUGAUUGUCACGGACAUGGGAUAUGCAACAGUCUGUUUCAGUGUCAUUGUGAUCCUGGGUUUUCCCCACCAUUCUGUGAUACGAUUGGCUACGGGGGCAGUAACCAUAGCAACCCAUCUGUGUCCCGUCAAGGU